ACAGCUGUUAAGAUGGCGUCGAAACGAUUCCACGGAGUCUUUCAGUUAUCAUGAGCUAUUGCUUUCCCAAAAGCCUGGUGGAUAGAGGCUUAUUUUUCAACAGACAGAAAUGCGUGGGUCCAUCAUGAUUCGGAAAAUAAGAUGUUACAUUGAUCUUACACAGACGAACUUAAUGUCACUACUCUACAGGAGAUGGAAGCCCGCCUUGGUAACGCUGUCAGUGACGCUCCUGCUGCUUCAACUCUUACUCUAUUCAAAGAGGUAUCACGUCAGGCGCGCCUCUACGCGCGUGUUUUCUCUCAGAAAGACGCCCAUGCAAAGUGAAGCAUAUUUGGUCGAUACGAGUGGUUGUAAAAUACCGAAUUUAGAUCCAUUUGACAAGUCUAUUCGGAAACUGGUGCAUAAGGGACAUAAAUUACAUUGCACCGGCCGUUUUGCGCCUUUAACGUAUAAAGAAGGCAAUAAGAUCAAAGUGAAUAAGACGGUUGUGGGCAGGCUACAGCUAACAGACGCCGCCGAACUCCAAUGUCAGUAUCAAGCCAUAGUAAGGGUAACCCCUGAAGAUAAACAUGGAUAUUCGUUCAGCUCAACGGUGGUUAUUUUCAAAGACGAAAUCGAAGUGUUUGAGGAGUUUGUUCGAGUAAUGUGUUUUCGGGGUCGUAGGUCGAUUUACAUCAACUUUUAUGCAUUCGUGCAAGCGGAGUCUACAUACACCGAACGACUGUUGCACAAGAAAUUUAAGAAUCAUUUGAAACGUCAUAAGAUAAAAGAAACUCUCAAUGUUAUCAUGAUUGGAGCAGAUUCUGUGUCUAGACUAAAUCAUAUCCGACAACUGCCAAAAACAAGGAAAUAUCUUUUGGAAAAGUUGAAUGCUGUUGAAAUGUUAGGCUAUAACAAGGUAGCUGACAACACGAUGGUAAAUUUGAUCCCUAUGUUCACGGGGAAGUUCACAGAAGAGCUCCCUUGGAACGAAACGCUUCGGAACGAAUCUUUUGAUAAAUACCCAUUUGCCUGGAAAAAUUAUUCAUCGGCGGGGUAUAGGACGCUCUACGCAGAAGACGCCCCCGAAAUUGCGAUAUUUAACUAUCACAAACUGGGUUUCCACGAGCCACCAGCUGACGCUUACCUCCGGCCGCUUAGUUUGGCAAUGGAAGCUGAACCGAUGCUUUGGAACAAAAUCCACCAUUGCGCGGGGGAUCGCUUAGAGACGAAUAUUGUCCUUAAUUACGUGUCUGAUUUUGUAAAACUUCACAAAAGCAAGCCAUUUUUUGCGUUCUCUUUUAUAACGCGUCUCACACACGAGGACAUUAACGAAGCAAGAGCGGCAGACGAUCCACAUCUGGAGUUCUUUCGGGGUUUGCACGAGGAUGGAACCUUAAAUAAUACUGUGCUUAUCUACUUCAGUGAUCAUGGGGUGAGAUUUGGACGUAUUAGAUCUCGGUUCGUAGGAAAACUAGAAGAGCGUCUUCCAUUUCUUUUCAUCGUUUACCCGCCAUGGCUUUACAAGAAAUAUCCACAAAUGGUGAAGAACUUGCGCACAAAUUCCCAAAGACUGACUACACCGUUUGAUAUCUAUGAGACACUCAUGGAUCUGCUAUACUUUUCUGACGAUGUUUCACAUAAAUCUAGGAGUUGGGGAUUGAUUAAAGAUCGCGGUGUGAGCCUUUUCCGAGAAAUCCCAGAAAACCGUACUUGUGAAAAGGCUGAGAUUUUACCACACUGGUGCACGUGCCAAAAGCAAGUUCCAGUGAGCGUUUCAGGUAACAAAGUUGUUCGCGCGGCUGAUACUAUUGUGCGACAUAUCAAUCAUCUGCUGGGUGACAGUUUGAAAUCAUGCCAUAAAUUGUCUCUAUUCAAAAUACACGAUGCCUACAAGUCGGACGCAAAUGACAAAUUCUUGCACUUUCAGGAAAGUAUAAACGAUGUAAUUGAUCGUCGGGUUAUCUUUACUGAUAGGACUGAGAGUGUCGCGCACUAUCUUGUUACUCUUGAAACCAAGCCAGGCAAUGGCCUGUUUGAGGUCACUGUCAGACACCACGAGCUCAGCGACAGUUACGCGGUGGUAGGGGACCUAAGCAGAAUUAACCGCUUUGGUGAUCAGUCUGCUUGCAUUGACAUUCCUUUGCUGAAAAAGCUAUGUUAUUGUAAAUAAAUAGAUAUCAUUAUUUUCAUUUUUUAUUCAUUUUCACUGAUGGAAAGCAUAUUUGUCGUCUGCAGUAUGAUCAUGCCAAAUUAUGCCAAUAUCAGGAAUUGUCUCUAUUAAAUAUUAUCAAUGUAUGUAAAUUUUCACAAGUUCAGAAGAGCAUUUGUAAAAUUUCUUCUUUUUUCACAAGCUCGA